CAUGUAGUUAGAGUAUGGAAUAGUCUUCCUGUUCAAGUAGUGCAAACUAAACCCCCCCCCUGGGUUCCUUUUAAUCAGAGCUAGAUAAGAUUUUAACAACUCUGAGCUAUUAGUUAAGUUCUCCCCAAAUGAGCGUGAUGGGCCGAAUGGCCUCCUGUCGUUCGUGAAUUUCUUAUUUUCUUAUUACUGCCCUCGCAGCACAAUAGGUGGCGCUGUGCACCUUUUCGCCUCACGAAAGUUACUAGUCAAUCCGUAGAAGAAGACAAAAUGCAGAGCUCGCUGUAGCUGUAAGGUAUCCUUGUGGAGCUGGGCAUCUAAAGAACUCGUAGACGCGAGAUCAACAUCUCAUAGCAAGAAAUAACAACUGCCUUUAAAAAGGACUCCUGAAUUUGAAGGCAACCAUUGUGCUCACAGAAUCAGAAGGUGGAGUUAGUUCAGUUUUGCGAAGCAGGCCUUUUGAUUCGGUACAGAACUUACGGACAAUGCAAAUUAUUAUUUCAGUUAUUUAAACUUCAUAGCAGUUUAGAAAUCCGUGUGUCAGCCUGCGGUUUGUUUUUUGCUGCCGAAAACAAUACGAUUACGUGUUUUUCGCUCUCAUUUUGUUGAACAGAGAUAGUCGAAAUGAACAUUUUUCGCAUUUUGGGUGAUGUGUCACAUCUUGUGGCCAUGGUAAUUUUGUUUGUCAAGAUCUGGAGGUCAAAAUCCUGCGCUGGUAUCUCUGGGAAGAGCCAAGUCCUGUUUGCCCUAGUUUUCACCACCAGAUACCUGGACCUGUUCACUUCUUUUAUCUCAAUCUACAACACUGUCAUGAAGGUUGUGUUCCUGGUUCUGGCCUAUGCCACAGUCGAGCUGAUCUACCAUCGCUUUCGAAACACUUACAGCUCUGAGAGCGACACCUUCCGGGUGGAGUUUGUCCUUGUUCCCGUCGCUGGGUUAGCCUUCAUCGAGAACUAUGACUUCACCCCGCUGGAGGUUCUCUGGGCAUUCUCCAUCUACCUGGAGUCUGUGGCUAUUUUGCCGCAGCUCUUCAUGAUUAUCAAGACAGGUGAGGCGGAGUCCAUCACCACACACUAUCUGUUCUUCCUGGGCCUUUAUCGAGCCCUCUACCUGGCCAACUGGGUGUGGCGUUACCAAACGGAGGAGUUCUUCGACCAGAUCUCCGUCGUCUCCGGUGUGGUGCAGACCAUAUUCUACUGUGACUUCUUCUACCUUUACGUCACUAGAGUACUGAUGGGCAGUGGAAAGAUGGCCUUGCCGAUACAUGUAUGAGCAACCACUACGUCCUCCUUUAAACAGGACUCUCCUAUUCAGAUCCUUCCCAUACUCCUGACUCUCUACAUGGAUUCAAAUCGCAGCUCAUCCACUCUUUCAUUUGUUUGUGUUCGUUUGUAAACAAGAAUUCUGUUUAAAUAUAUACUGAAUAAAAAAGGUUUCCGUAUCCCGCAUAUACAUUUCGGCACAGUUGAGUUAAAUAUUCAGUUGCUUUAACCACUGCUUUAAAAAUUUUACACAGAUAACAGUAAAAUAAUUUAAACUGAUAUAAUCUCCUUUAUUAUUGUUGAAAUGGUUUGAUCCACUGGAGAAGAGUUUAUAUAUUUGGGUGUUCAUACAUCUGUUGUGUAUGCAUGUGUGUUUUUAUACUGGUGUAAUUCUGUGUACAAUAUGUAUAAACAUAAGUAUCAGAAUAUUUUAGCAUAUAAAACUGUAUUCUGAUCUUUUUUUAUCUGAGCAUUUGUUGUAUUAUAACUAACAUUUUGGGAACAUUUAGGGUCUUUUCCAAGACACUAAGCUUUGAUAAUUUUGGAUAUAUGGCUGACUGGUAGGGAUUGAUUGUGUAUCAACCAUGUUACUAUGUAGCACUCUGAAUGAGCAAGUUGUUUAUGCAAAUUAAUAAAUUACAGACUGAAAAUAA